ACAAACAUCUAUGAGCAGAGGGCCAGAGGCUGUCACAGUGUCACACGAUAAAAAAUUUGUUAUUGUUUCCAUUCAGUAUCUGACGUAGGAAUGUGAAAUAAUAUUUUAUCGUCGCCAUGGCUGUUUGUGUUGCUAUUAUAGGCAAAGAUAAUUCGCCAAAAUAUAUAUCAUGCUUGAACCCAGAACUCGAACUGCAGUUUCACUACAAGGUUCAUACAUCUCUAGAUGUGGUUGAAGAAAAAUUGACAUCAGUUGGUAAAACUACGGCAGAUGUUAGAGAAUUAUAUCUUGGUUUGCUAUACUCAACAGAAGAACAUAAAAUAUUUGGGUAUGUAACAAACACAAAAAUCAAAUUUAUAAUUGUUGUUGAAUCCUCAAACACUCUUCUGCGAGACAAUGAAGUCAGAACGAUGUUUCGGAAACUACAUGGCCUAUAUACUGAUGUGGUGUGUAAUCCAUUUUACAUACCAGGGGAUGUUAUUACAUCAAAUUGCUGUCAUGACCUACCCAACCAACACAAGUUGGCACUAUGCAGCCGUGUUUUCCAAACAGCUGAGGUAUAGAAAUUUCGACACGACAGUGAGAAAUAUGAUGACUGGAAAUGCAUGAAUGUGCAACACCUUUAUUUAUUUGAGGCUGGAGAUGGAUGCUAAGGAAAAACUUGAAGUGCAGAUGUGUGCUGGAAAUAUAUGAAAACAAAGGAUGCAAGUACAUUCCCAUGCCUCUGCUAUUGAAAGUUUUUAAUCCUUUUUAUGUGGGACCCAAACACAGCAUGGGUGGACACCAUUGCACUGAAUAAGGUGCGAUUUCAUCACUGCACUGAAUGAGGUGCGAUUUCAUCACUGUACGAUAGCUGUUCUGUGAUCGAUAUAUUGUGCAGUUUUUUCCCUAUGUAAUAUUGUGGAAUAUGUUAUGACUUUUUCUUUUGAUAAAAUAAAAUUGUUAUUCAACUCA